UUAACAGCAGCGCGUCAAGUUCUGGCUCCGAUUCAUCAGCGUCCGUCGCGACAAAUGUGAUAUCGAGCCAGCAACUAAUGUUGGUUGCCUACAGCACUGAUUCGUCAGACCAUGACACUCAAGCCUUUGACCGAGCUCGGCCCUUCUAACCCUAUAUAUCCGUUUAUGCUUCUUUCUCAAUAUCGGAUUCUUGUUUGUCAGAAAUGUCAAUAUGCAUGCUUGGCCAGAGAAGUUACCACCCAUCUUGCCAAAAAGCAUCCUGGAAUCGACCUAUGGACCCGGCGCAGGCUAGCGGAAUCUAUCGAAGUGUUACCAGAUGUGCUUCGAACCCGGGCCGAACUACCUCAAUUACAAUAUCCACUACCAACAAAUGAACCCAUUCCUUGCCUCGCCCCACCUAAGCUUGAUGUCCUCAAAUGCCGACACUGUGGUUUUAAUAUUCGCCAGGUUCAGGCGAUGCAGGAGCAUUGUACCAAACUUCAUGAGUGGGUCAAUCCCAGAAGCAAAGGAAGGCCACCCAUAGGACAUCAGGCGGCCGAACUUCUGCCAUGGAUAGAAGGUGUUGCAUGCCAACGAUUCUUCCCUUCCCGAGAAGGCAGCAAAUGGUUUGAGGCCAACAUACAGACAAAAAUAAAGGCAGGCAGGCCGAAGGCAAAGACAAGUGCCAAGAAACCGCAAGGAACGCCCUAUGUUCUUACAUCUGAGGCAUCCACCCAUCUACAACAAGUUAUAGAUCGGGAAGCCAGGUAUCGAGAAGCUUUGAGUCAACCCCGGACGACUAUCAAUGACACAGGCACCGACACAUUUGCCGCUACAAGCUUGUGGCUAGACCGAACACAAUGGCCUUCUAUCUACCGAGGGUCCCGACGAGACAUUCUGCGCGCGCUGAUCAGACUACCCAAUCGCCAUUCCCUCCACGCAGACUACACCUUGGGACAGGGCAAUUCGAAAGGGGCGCCGAAUCUUGUUAGCCCACGAGAGGACGAACAGAAGAUCUCAUGCAUCGUGAGAGCACUUGACUCGGUGAUAGAUCGUUGUGAGGAUACGGUUCGCGGUACUAGUCACAAUAUUCUCUGCUGGCUGCUCAGCUCGAGGCUGCAGAGUCGCCGAGAGCUUGCUUUCAAUCUCGUGGCAGAGACGAGUAGCGAGGUUAGAUAUCGAAGGACUCAGAAGCAAUUCUUGGCUUUUAUCCUACGAAUAUACCGAAUGCCGGAUGACUCUCGACAAGCAAUGACGAAUGUGAAGAUAAAGCCCGAGAUCGCCACACAGUUAGAUCGGAUCUGGGAGCACAACAUUUGGAACCAUCUCGACGUGUCGAAAGGAACAUGGCCGGUCAUGAAAAAACGGGGAAGCCUUCUGGUAGGAAUACACUCUGGUCCCAUGGAAGGCCAAUCCACUGAUGUUCAUCCCAACACUCGAGCUUGUCAGGGAUCAGAUGGGAAAGAAGGUGCAGAGGACGCCGAAACAGAUGAUGAGAACGUUGAAGCUUGGGAACUUGAGGAUGACGAUGACGAUGAGAGCGACUACGACGAUUCUGGAUAUUAUGACGAUGUUGAGGGGAACACAGCUGGAACCCAGCAGAAUCUAUUCGCAGGGGCAUUGGGGGACUCUACUGCAUCUGCAAGCGGACAAUUCCUCGAACUGUUGUUUCAGCUAUGUGUUAUGCUCAGCACCGAAAGUUAUGUCGAUUGGCAACCAAGCUCUACACUGCUUAUAUAUUUUAGCGGUAUUCUUGGAUUUUCUGCAGAUUGUCAGAGAUUCCAACUCGCUCGACAAUAUUGCUCCAAGCUGUCAGCAAUAAUCUAUAUACAGCGUAUGUUAUUCCUAGAGCAAGCAUUGCCUCUACGUGAAUAUCAGUCUAUUGGUAUCCCACAACGGCCGGACGCUGGGCAAUUCGAGUGCUUCAAUGAAUUCCGAGCCAAGUACAUGGUUCUAGGCUCACAAUACCCAUUGGCGGAGCUGAUAAGUCUUAGAGAUUUUGGGCGCAACAUCGCACGCACUGAACCACCAUCCAUGCUUUUCCACUGGAGCAACGAUGGUGAGACAGUGUCUCAUGCCACUUUUCAAAUAACAAUGAACAACUUUCGCAAACUCGCAGACUAUUUCAUUACACAGGCAGAAGCGCUAUGUGAUCAGUUGAUGUUUGGUCUACAUCCUCACGUUGACUUAUCAAAGAUCAAAGACGAUAUGUCUAGUUCAAAAAGUGGUUACAGCUUCAUUAACUGCCCUGGGAACGGUCUUGAGUCAGCAUACCUGGAGCUAUUAGUCCAUGCCUAUACUGCAGGCAAAGACGGACUAGCUAAAGACGGGGUUUGGAAGUGGCAUGCUGUAACAGCGUAUUUAAAACAAGUCAGGAAGAUGGAGGAGCAGCUUGCUGGUGGUCUUUACACUGCAUGUGGCCAGACACCACGAGUCAGAGAACUCUUCAGCCUCGAGUACGAGAAUGGCCUGAAUACAACUUGUGGGGUACAUGUUUGGGGUGGCUAUAUGGCAUACAUCAUCUGCCAUCAUAAAGCAAAGCGACUGACGAAUCGCGAAUUCUAUGUGGUGCGAUUCCUUCCGGUCAGACUGGGUCACGUUCUGUUCAAGUACCUUGUCUAUAUUCGACGGGUUGCUGAUCUACUACGCCGCGAGCAGCUCGGUACCGAUAGGAGCGCCCAACAGUGCUUGCAGACACGAUUACUAUUCCAUCACAACGGGAGGCCUUGGCCCACAUCUCACCUGACAGACGUUGUUGCGAAGGCGACUUUAGAAGUAUGGCAACAAAGGAUUAAUGUACGGACGUAUCGCCAGCUGGCCAUAGCAGUCACAGAGAAACAUGUUCGCGAGGUGUAUAUCCCGUUCAAUAGGCAUGACGACUACAGCGAUAAUGUUGACAUUAACACUAUAUUCGCUUGGCAGAGUGGGCAUCGGCCACUCCAGCGUGGGAUCACAUAUGGACUAGAUGGAGCGUACCCAUCCAGACUUCAACCAUCGCUUCUACGAUGCUAUGAGUGGGCUUCGGUCCGUUGGCAUGAGUUUCUGCGCCAGUCAAGUAAGAGCUUGCCUUUUAAACCUGAAGGAACACCCAUCAGCCCAACGUCAUUUCCAUCCAAUAGGAAGCGAAUUAUCACAGAAGUCACUGCGGACCAUAUACCUCCAAUGGAUGAAGCUUAUUUGACAAAAAGACAAAAGGGUAGCGGACCGUUGACAACCAUGAGUAAGGAAGAUGUGCAGUCUAUACCAGCAGAAGGUUGGCAAGGCAAGCAUGACUUGAUCUUACCUAUAACAUGUAAUGAGGCCCUACCCCAAGACGUGCGUACCGGAAGGAAAUACUCUGAAGUCACGGAUGGAGUUCUCCAUGUGCUUGAUGAGCCUCAAAUUCUGCUUUGCCUCCUCUGUAGAGGUGCUGUUCGACCUAGUACUACAAUCCCAAAUCAACUCUAGUAGAGUUGAUUUUAUUGACCCACUUUAAACCUAGUAGAGUUGAUUAUUGCCAG